AUGGCGUCCAGGGGUCUCUCCCUCUUUGGGGCGCGGCAAUCUACGCCAAUUGCGAAUCCGCCUCACCCGGAAGACUUCGAUAUGCGCCCCGACGCUCACGACCAGCAUGAGGAACUUGAGCCCUUCCUCCUAAGCAACGAAGAGGUUCAGCAAGAACGGCUCACGACGAGAGUUUUCCGACAAAUAUCACGGGCAUGGCGCCAGGCCAAAGUGUUGAUUGCUUCUGAGCACGCGGUUGGCAUCUUCAAAUGCAGCCUUGCAUAUUUACUUGCAUCUCUGGCAGUUUUCAUACCAUUCAUUGGAAGCCUCUUGGGUAAGCAAUAUGGAAAACAUCUCGUCGCUACCAUCACUAUCUACUUCCACCCAGCUCGAUCGCAGGGUGGAAUGUACAAAGCGCUGAUAUGUGCCUUCGUCGCUUUCCUGUUUGCGACCUUCCUCUCGUUGUCGAGUAUGUGGGUGACCAUCACUAUUCAAAGAAAGCAUGACUUGAUCGAGCUAGGUCAUGCUGUGGUGCUGGUCGUCUUCGUCAUGGGUGGAUUUGGAUUUAUCGGAUGGAUCAAACAGAGAUUACAGGACCCGCUCGUCAAUGUUGCGUGUUCUUUGGCUUCUCUAGCUUCCAUUCUUGUUAUCACGAAAGAAGGCGCUGUGCAGACAGGUGAUUUAUCCCUCACCAAGAUUUCCCAGAUUCUCAGGAUGCUUCUUUUGGGUGUUGGAGUUUCAACAGCCGUGUCCUUGUUGAUUCUGCCGGUUUCUGCCCGGAAGAAAUUCCGUGGUGACCUCUCUACUUUGACUGGUACGGUGACGGCAACGUUGAUGAGCAUCACCGAGAGUUUUCUCCGCGGCUCAGACCGUGAGCUUCAAACGGCCGAGUUUACCAAGCUAUCUGCACAUCACGACAAAGUCUUCGGUCAGCUGAAGAAGUUACUUGACGAGACUAGACUUGAACACCACGUGGCUGGGACGAAGCGAGAGCACGCUCUUGAAAAACGGCUCGUGUGUUCAAUGCAAGAUAUCACACAUGGCUUAGGAGGUCUGCGCAGUGCAGUGGCCUUGCAGGCCAGAUUACUUGCGCCGACUAAAUACACAAGAACAUCCAGACUCUCAUCCGCAGGACAUGAAUCGUCCGGUUUCGCCACCUCUGAAAAUUGGGGGCUACAGAGUGAGCCACAAGCUGUCUCGUGGACAGACACACAGGACUUGGACCGUGAAUCUUCAAGCUUGAUCACCGAUGCUGGACAACAGUCCUCUUCAACUCAUACCCCUGCCGAAAUCUUUGAGAAACUAACAUCCGGCCUCGAAGUUUCAAUCCUAUCACUCGCUCAUAGCCUAAAGGAGAUAUUUGCAGAAGUUUCUUUUGGGCCUGCGCCCGAUUAUCAACUUUCGAUUGACCACGCGGUGAUCACACGCAUCAAUGGAACAGUUGACCUUUACCGUGAAGCCCGACAUGCUGCCUUUUCCUCGCUUCGUCGUGAUUGGGAGAUGAUAUCCCCUGUUCAGGUGGACAAGGCCAGUCUUGAGGAGAUCUUCGCUAAUUGCGAGUAUUUCUCCGUUUCACUACUUGAGCUCAGUGAGCAACUGAGAGAGCUGUUAUUGAGUCUGGAGGAACUGCAGGCUGAGGUGGAUGAGAGACCUGACGGAAGGUCAUGGGAGUGGCUGCGUCCUUCGUGGUGGCCGGCUCAUCGAGGACCAGUGAUCAAUGAUCCCACUGAAGCUUCAUUGUCAACAAGUGCCCGCACCACAGCCAGCACUCGACGAUCACAACUAAUUUCAAGUACGCGUGACCAGCCCGAAACCAUAUGCCGAGGAUGGACACGGCAUCAAAGAGCCACUGACAAUGUUGUGAGACUGUUCGACUUUCUUCGAAAGGAUGAGAUCAAGUUCGCUCUCAAAGUAGGAAUCGGAGCAGCGCUCUAUGCCUUGCCUUCCUUCAUAUCCGUGACAAGACCAAUCUAUCUGUCUUGGAGAGGAGAAUGGGGUCUUGUCUCCUACAUGCUGGUGUGCUCCAUGACUAUCGGUGCAUCAAACACCACGGGAUUUGCUCGUUUCCUUGGUACAUGUCUUGGCGGUCUUUGCUCGAUCGGUGCUUGGUACCUUGCAGGCGGAGAUGCAGUCAGGCUCGCUCUCACGGGCUUUAUCAUGGCCAUUGGGCCUUUCUACGUCAUUCUCGUCAAAGGUCAAGGCCCCAUGGGGCGAUUUAUCUUACUGACUUACAACCUGUCUGUUCUCUACGCUUUUUCUCACUCGCAAAUUGAUCGCAAUGAUCCAAACGACGAGGUUGAACACCUUGACAUAACCUCGAUUGUUCUCCGUCGAGUUAUCUCCGUCAUCGCAGGCAACAUUUGGGGUAUCAUCAUUACACGAGGCAUAUGGCCGAUUCGCGCACGAACAAAACUCGAUGAAACUCUGCAGUCGCUGUGGCUUCAACUGGCUCUCAUUUGGGAAUCCGACCCGUUGAAUACGUUAUCCCGAGGAGAUGCAGAUACCCCUGUUCUGUAUAUGAAUUCCCGCGACAAGGCUGAAAUCGAGCACCUCCUCUCCCAGCUCGAACCUAUGCAAACGUCAGCACGUUCUGAGUUCGAAUUGAGAGAUCGAUUCCCAGAUGCUGCUUACAGCAACGUCAUUCACUGGACGAGAGAUAUCGUGGACAACUUCCAUUCCUUGGACCUAGUUCUGGCCAAUCUCGCUGCGCCUUCUGAGGGGCAGACCUCUCUCUUGAGACAUACAUCCGCUGCGAGACAGAGAAUGUCUGAGUGCAUUGGUAAUUUACUAACCGGCAUAGCUACAGCCAUGGAUUCCGAGCAUACAUUCAGCAAUAUCCCUACAAAUGUAGAGCGCUCCCGAGACGAACUUCUGGCACAGAUCUCUCGAUACCGCCAAGACAAGGGGGUGUCUCAAGUGACGAAUGAUGAAGACUAUGUCUUGCUUUACGCUUAUAUCAUCGUAAGUCGCCAAUUGUCGAAUGAGAUCGUUCAAAUCACGUCGGAAUUGGGUCGCAUUUUCCCGGCUUCGGAUGGGGAGUUAGUUGGUGCUGUUAGAGUGUAA